UUGGGUGGGGACAAGGAUUAGCAAAACUUGGGGGAGAGAUAGGCUUAAAUACCCUUUUUUGGGGGGGGGAGAAAAAAGGGUGGUCAGAGAGAGAGAGAGAGAGAGAAAGGAAGAAUGAGUGCAUUCACACGACAUGCUUAACCUGGGUUUUGCAUUAACCCACCACUAAACCCGGGUUCUGCAUUAACCCAUUUUCUGAAGAUGCAUGAUUCAUUCAGCACUGAACUAACCAAGCUGGCUGGGUUUGCCCAGCGUGCUAAGCCACAGAACCACGGUUAGUGUUAAGCAAGCACGGCAGUUUGCAUAAGUGCGUUUGUUUGGUUUUUAGCUGGCUUGGUUUCAAAUGUUUUGUAUGAAUACGGCCUAUAGAUUGGGGGGUCUUUUCUUUAAAGCCCCGUGAGAAGGCAAAGGCAUUCAAUUAAUCCUUUAGAGGAGAGGAAGAUGAGAUCAAUUGUGGGGAGGGGGUAUCCUUUGGGGAUGUGAGGAUAACCUGGUUUUGUUGGAGGAGGCAAUUAGAGUUUGUUACUUAGGAAGGAAAAACUACUUUUUAGAAAGGGGGAGGGGAAACAUAGGUAUGAUUAAUGGAGCAGUGUGUUGAGUAAACUUGGCUCUUAUGGCUUGUUCAGCAAGUUGUGAUAAGAAAUCAUGGUUUAUUGUCUCCUAGUAAGGCAAUGUGACCAGCAUGUGGGAUGCUGGCAUGGAAAAUAUUCACAUGAACCUUAAUUCUAGUGCAUGCUGUUUCCUGACAGAUCUGAGCUAGCCGGGAAAUCAGGCUUGUUCCCGAUCCCGCUUGCUCCUGGUGAAGAUGAAACGCCUGGUAUGGAGAAUCCCACUAGCAGGUCCGUCCUUCCUGUGCAGAACCCGGGCGUGCUCAUCUGGUUCCUCUGCAGGUCUCCAGCUUCAGGAGAAGGUGGCUCCAGAUACCGGUGCUCCCCUCAAAGAGCAGCGCGUGAAUCCUCUUGGCAUCCAGAUGCUCUCGAAGGGUCUUCAUGAACAGAUUUUCCGGGGUGCUCAAGUACAUUAUGCAGAUGAAGACAUUCAGAAGAGCAUAGAACACUUGGAGAAACAUGACCUAUGGGGCAAAGAAACAUCCACCAUUCCUGAUGUGGAGUUGCAGCUUCCCCAGAUGUAUGGAGCCAACAUAGAUGAACACUUCUGCAUCUUGGCCCAGAAGCAGAGCCUCCCCUAUCUGGAGGCUGCUAAGGAGCUUAUCCAGCAUGACAUCCCACCAAUGCCCACAGAAUGGGCUUGGGAAGAAGGAUGGACCCGGUAUGGACCUGGUGGGGAGAGGAGAACAGUGGAUUUCCCUGACGAGCGAGCCGUGGUCUUUGACGUGGAGGUGUGCAUGGAAGAAGGACAUUGCCCCACACUUGCAGUAGCUCUUUCAUCAAAUGCUUGGUAUUCGUGGUGCAGCAAACGUUUGCUAGAACAACGCUAUAGCUGGUCUAGCCAGCUGGGUCUGUCUGAUCUCAUCCCCCUGGAAAACAGCAGCAGCCUCAAAAAGCAGAAUGGGGUGGAGAGGCUGGUGGUCGGCCACAACGUCUCCUUUGACCGUGCUCACGUUAAGGAACAAUACCUGAUCCAGGGAUCCCAAAUGCGAUUCCUGGACACGAUGAGCAUGCACAUGGCUAUCUCAGGACUGACCGGCUUCCAGCGCAGCCUUUGGAAGGCAGCCAAGCAGGGCAAGGGCAAAGGGCAGCAACAGGUCCAGCGACACAUCAAGAAGACCCACAGCAAAGAGAAGGGACCCAUGAUUGCCUCCUGGAACUGGGUGAACAUUAGCAGCAUCAACAACCUGGCAGAUGUACAUUCCCUCUAUGUUGGAGGCCAGGCAUUGCAGAAAGAAGCGCGUGAAUUCUUUAUCAAGGGCAGUAUGGAUGAUAUCAGGAAUAACUUCCAGGAGCUGAUGAAUUACUGUGCCCUUGAUGUUCAGGCUACUUAUGAAGUAUUCCAGGAGCAGCUUCCUCUUUUCUUGAAAAGGUGUCCACAUCCUGUGACUUUUGCAGGUAUGCUAGAAAUGGGGGUUUCUUACCUACCUGUUAAUCAGAACUGGAUGAAGUACCUGGAUGAAGCUCAGGUCACUUAUGAGGAGCUGCAAAAAGAGAUGAAGAAGUCCUUGAUGAAUUUGGCAGACGAUGCUUGUCAACUGCUUCAUGAGGAGAGUUACAAAGAUGACCCCUGGUUAUGGGACCUGAAAUGGGACCUCCAAAAAUUUAAGCAAAAGAAAACGAAAUCAAGUGGGAAGAAAAAGGAAGAUGUGAACGAAGAGCCACCCGAAGCAGUGGAAAAAGCCUCUCCGCUGGAGUGGCAGGAAGAUCCUGGUCCUCCGACCGAAGAAGAAGAACAAAGCCUUCCUGCCAGCCAACUGGCUCUUCAAAGUCUAAAGGAGACUGUGGUUUUGCAGCCAAAGAGAAUUCAGCACCUCCCUGGUCAUCCAGAGUGGUAUCGCAACCUGUGUCCACGGCUCAAUGAUCCUAGUUGGGCCCCAGGACCCAACCUUGUCAGCCUUCAAAUGAGAGUGACUCCAAAGCUCAUGAGGCUCACUUGGGAUGGCUUUCCAUUGCACUACUCUGAGAAACAUGGCUGGGGCUAUCUUGUGCCAGGAAGGAAGGACAACCUGUUAGAGGAUGAUCCAGAUGCUGCAUUGCCCACCUGCCCCUUCAAGGUUAUAGAACAUCUGUAUCGGGAACAUUGCAGGGAGAAAGGCAAGGAGCAACCAGUCUCCCUCGACAGCUACCUGGAAGAAGAGUUCUUAACGGAAAACGGUGAUUUUUGGGAAAAGCUUGAGUUGCUUGGCCAUGUGGAGGUGGAUACGGACGUGGAUCCUGUAACCAGAGAACUGAGGCAGGAGGAGAUAGAACUGGCGAAGAGUUCUCCUGAAUACCACCACGGCAACGGACCUUACAAUGAUGUCAAUAUACCUGGAUGCUGGUUUUUUAAGCUACCUCACAAAGAUGGCAGCGCCAACAAUGUUGGAAGCCCAUUUGCCAAGGAUUUCUUACCCAAGAUGGAAGAUGGUACCCUAAAAGCUGGAAUAGGAGCAGCAGAUGGGACGCACGCUCUGGAAAUCAACAAGAAAAUCUCCUUCUGGAGAAAUGCCCAUAAACGCAUCAGUUCACAGAUAGUGGUGUGGCUGAAGAAAGGAGAACUGCCACGAUCUGUGACUAGGCAUCGAGACUAUGAUGAAGAGAAUGAUUAUGGAGCCAUCCUGCCACAGGUAGUGACGGCUGGAACAGUAACUCGACGAGCUGUUGAGCCCACUUGGCUGACAGCCAGCAAUGCCAGGACUGACCGGGUGGGCAGUGAGCUGAAAGCUAUCAUCCAAGCCCCUCCUGGCUACCAUCUGGUUGGAGCUGAUGUUGAUUCCCAAGAACUUUGGAUAGCGGCUGUCUUAGGAGAAGCCCAUUUUGCUGGCAUGCAUGGUUGCACCGCUUUUGGCUGGAUGACCCUUCAAGGGAAGAAAAGCAACGGCACAGACUUGCACAGCAAGACAGCCUCCACCGUGGGGAUCAGCCGAGAGCAUGCCAAGGUGUUCAACUAUGGGCGCAUCUAUGGUGCAGGACAGGCAUUUGCUGAGCGUCUCCUCAUGCAGUUCAACCACCGCCUGACAGAACAGGAGGCCAGUGAGAAGGCUCGGAAAAUGUAUGCUGUCACGAAGGGAAUCCGGCGCUGCCACCUGUCUGAGGAAGGAGAAUGGCUAGUGAAACAACUGGGCAUCCCAGUAGAAAGAGCAGAAGACGGUUCCAUACCCUUUCAAGACGUGCGUCGGAUACAAAGAGAAGCAACAAAACGCUCUCGUGGGAAGAAGUGGGAUGUGGUACGCCAGCGAGUGUGGGCCAGUGGGACAGAGUCUGAAAUGUUCAACAAGCUGGAAAGCAUCGCCAUGUCGGAAGCACCAAGCACGCCAGUGCUCGGCUGCCGCAUCUCUAGAGCAUUGGAGCCAGCAGCUGUCAAGGGUGAGUUUGUGACCAGCAGAAUAAAUUGGGUGGUCCAGAGUUCAGCUGUGGAUUAUCUGCACCUGAUGCUUGUAUCUAUGAAAUGGCUCUUUGAGGUAUUUGGCAUUGAUGGACGUUUUUGCAUCAGCAUCCAUGAUGAAGUACGCUACCUGGUCAAGAGCGAGGACCGCUAUAGGGCAGCACUUGCCCUACAGGUCACAAACCUCCUCACGCGAUGUAUGUUUUCCUAUAAACUCGGCCUUCAGGAUCUGCCUCAGUCGGUGGCCUUUUUCAGUGCUGUGGAUAUUGAUCAUUGCUUAAGGAAAGAGGUGACAAUGGAUUGUGUCACCCCAUCUAAUCCAGGAGGACUGGAACAAAGAUAUAACAUUCCCCAAGGGGAAGCUCUGGAUAUAUACAAACUUAUCAACAUAACCAAAGGUUCCUUGGAAAAAGGAAAAUGAAGUUUGAGUUUAGAAGCUAACUGGACACACUUUGUCCCAGUGGAAUCCUCCAGAAGGAGCCUCCUGAACGUUGACACCCGCUUUUUCUUUUCGCUCCAAGAUAAAAGGAGGAGAACAAGCAUCUCUGAGGACUGUGGUUCCUGAGGCCCAUCUCUGACAUUGUCCACAUGGACUAGAGACCAAAAGGAAAACUUGCAAAGUUAAUGUGCCUUACUGGGAUAGGUCAGGAGAGAUCAGCAGCAGGCUACUGAUAAUGUAAGCAUUCAAGGUUUUAUGUGCAAUGGAUGUGGUGAAGAAAUACUUUUCUAAUAUACUGUAGAUUAAUUGAAAAAGAUGGUCUCCUUGUGGAUGUCGAAACUGUACAAAAUCGCCAUUUGAGAAGAAACAAGGCGGCUCUUAUUUUUUUCUUCUCUUCUUUUUGGGUUCUCUGCUGGCGCUCGACUGUGUAGACGCCGUGCUCUAGAAGAAAUAAAAACACAGGCCGUUGGAAAAUCCAAAACAGUGGCCAGUGAACUACUGAAAUAGUGCAAGCUGCAUAAUCUACUAUAAUAGAUCUCCCAAAUAUUUUUGGGGGGGUUUGUCUUUGUCAAGAUGUGUUUUAAGGAAAGAAACAGAAGAGAACUAUGGUAAGGAUGGACAGCCCAAAAUGUUUCAGGAUUUUAUUUUUUAAAUUAAAAGUGCUCAUGGAAGCAGAAAACUUCCAGUCUUUAUUCCUGCUCCCAAGCUGCAGCAGUGGUGGUGGUGGUGGAAUUGACUACUCACUUUUGAACCGGACUAGGGUAAGAUGGUUGUCAUAUUCCAUCAGGUGGUUUGCUUUUAAAACAAGGGGCACAACGCUAUAAUUAUUUAAACCGAUGUUAGCAUACAUGAGAUUGAUGCUCAUACAAACUUCACAAGGAGAAUGCAGCGAUAUACAUUGCUAUUAUCACCAAGAUAAAGACCUUUCAGUGUAUUCCUUUAGACUGUAAAGGAACCUCUUGGAGCUGACGGGCACAUCUGGAAUUUUGGGCCUUUAGUGGGAGCACAUUCACAAAAUAGCUUCCAAGGUGGGCAUGGCCUUGUCCUCUCCCAGCAGUAGAACAUUUGUGGAGUGCAAAAGCAUUGUUGCAAAGAGGUAGGGGCACUGUUUAGCAGAAUAUCACUCGCCUAUUCAAUGUUUAUUAUUAAUACAACUUUUUAAAAGAAAGUGUGCAGGCAUCAAGGGAAGGGUCUUGAGGCACAUGAGUGACCACAGACAUC